GGUCGCCCACUUGGCCCCUGGCACUCAUUUGCUGGGCAGAGUGGCGCGUGUGCCGACAGAGGGCACCCCUCUCCACACACACACACACACGGGGCGAUAUUUUGGUGCAGCAUCUCAGCAGCCGACCAUCCCUCCUGCAGGCGCACACACUCUUCAGUUAGAGUGCGUGAGUGAGACCCGUCACCCAGAAAGGUUCCACCAGGUCAGGUGCUCAGGGGGUGGGCGGGGGUCACCCACUAUGGGGAGUGGGGCUCCUGGAGGCCACGCCCACUUGCAGGAGCGGAGGAACCCCUACGCCCACACACGCCCGCAGAAUGUAUAACAAGAAUAUAUUGUUGAAACCUUCGAACUGAUAAAUAUGUCUUCUGAAGGUGAGUCAGCGCGGGGUGGUGGGCGGGUGGGGGCGGGGAACAUGAUGCCUCAGCAGUACCCUGCCCACUUCUACCCUAUGGUGGGGUACCAGGGACCGCCACAGCCCUGGUUCCCCGCACAUCCGCCCUCAGGAGCCCCCACCCAGUGGUCCUGGAGCCCGCCCAUGGGAUACCCAGCGCCCACCCCGCCCUGGUCUACGCAGCAACCUGCAUCCACCAUGACCACCAGCACCAGCACGGCGGCGAUGCCCUCCGACGAGUACACAGUGGAUACCCUCAGACGGAUCUACAACGAUGACGAUGGAAGAGUAGAGAUCCAGAGAGUGAAAGUGCAGCGACGACACCCAGACACAGGGAACCUCACCUUCCCUGCGACUCCCGACACCAUGAGUGUCGUCCCAGUCGGCAGUUUUCCUCUCAACGAGCGACGGCCACCACCAAGAAAAAACCGACGAAAACAAGACGUACAGGUUAUGACUGCAGCACCCAGACCUUACCCUUGGUAUCCUUACAUGCCCUGCGUGCCCUAUCCUUAUCCAUACCCAUAUUAUUUGGGCGGAUGUGUGUGGCCACCAGCUUCGCCGCCUGUCUCCCCAACUUCUUGGAGCGGGAAUGAGGGAAGUGAUCGAACAUCAUCCAGGCAAGACUCCAUCCCAGCCACACUGGACUCGCAGCGACUCGACUCUCGCAUUUCUCACCCGUCCCGUGGGUCUAUAUCUCCUGUAUCACUUCGCUCGCCAUCGCCAACUGGUACCUCGCACCUGAUGGACAUCCACAGCCUGGCGCCCUCUGACAGCGUUUCUGUGCGCGGACACAAGAGAGAAUCUUCCCUAGAGCGUACACUCAGGGGACCCACACCUCCUCCACGCACCAAGAGCAGAGCUUCGUCAGACAGCAAACCAAGUGAUAUUGGGAAGACACAGGAGUGGAUCCUGGAGAUGCACCGCGCCCUCGGCACCACCAUUGAUGGUGCCUCUGAUGCCACGGACAAGGCGUCUUUCACGACCGCUCCUUCAGACGUCGUUGUUUACAAAAAGAUACCUCCCAAGAGAAAGCGAAGAAAAGUCAAGAUUGACAGCAUAAGUGAUAAGGGCUCUCUUGCUGAUCAGAAAGAGCUAGAUAAUGUUAGUGACAGACAAAGUGUUGAGUCCGACAUGGCGUUCGAUGAAUCUUCGAGAUUAAGUUCAGAAUUGACCUAUGCUUUCAGAAAAUUAGAAAAAUCAGUAGAUGUUUUCAAAACGAAAUUGUCUGUCGAGUGUACACCAGUGCACAGUUCCGCUCCUUCUCCAUCAAUUGAAAUUGUUCAUUCCAGUGGUGACUUGACACCAACUGAAGGGUGCAUGCCUGUGCCGCCCUCUGACGUUAGCAUGCUCCUCGAGGAUUCAAAUAAACAAGAAGCAGACCAACCAGAUCAACAUGAAGCCUUAGUCUCCUAUCGUGGGCUUUUACUAGGAUCUGUUUGUUCUCUUCCUUCUCUUGAAACCGCUAAGACAGACUCAACAAUAGAUAUAUCUGUUCACAGAGUAGUGAUGGAAUCCCCUGACUCUGUUCUUCAAGGUCCACCAGAAUGUAAUGUUUCUCAUUCCUCUUCUGCCACUCCAUCUAUGCUAGAAACAGUUUUUCCUGCCUCCACAUCGAGUAUAAUCGUCUCCCCGCUGCCAACAGUAGCGACCACCUCUCAGACCACUCCGGCUCCGGGAUCUCAACCAGAAAAUGCCACUGUAGCUUCACAGAUAUCCACAGCACCCACUGAUAUUGCGUCAAAUUUGGCAGUAGUAUCAAAAGUCGACCCCCCACCCGCACCUGUGACAGGAAUAUCCAAGUCAGAUACAACAGCUGUACAAUCUUCGCAAGUUCUAUCAUUUAAUCACCCUUCAGCUAUGGCAGCACCAUCAACAAGUCAACCCUUAUUAGUGUCAGCGUCCGCUAGUCACAAUGCUACAGCAAUAGAAUCCACUCCUACAUCAGCCCCUGAAGUUACACCAGCUCCUGCAGCUGUAGCACCUCAGGCAUCUGCACCAAUUCCUGCAGCAGCACCAUCUGAAGCUUCUGCACCAGCCAAUGUUGUAAGGGGCGAAGCGCUGAGCGAGGGUGGACGGGACUCGAGAACUAGUAAUAGCACUUUCUUCUCAGCGCGCCCCUCAGACGACCCCAUGCUGAUGGACACCGACUCCACGGAGAUCUUGCUACACACCACAGACGCCACCACAGCCGAUGAGGUGAGUCUCACUUGGUAUGACGCUAUCUUCAAUGUUAACACCAUCUUCAAUAUUAACACCAUCUUCAAUAUUAACACCAUCUUCAGUAUUAACACCAUCUUCAAUAUUAACAUCAUCUUCAAUAUUAACAUCAUCUUCAAUAUUAACACCAUCUUCAAUAUUAACACCAUCUUCAGUUUUUUCCCCAAGACAUUUUAUCAGUGUGAAAUUAUCAAGAGGAGGUAUAUUUCAUUGUAUAACUCUGUCUCGCAGCUGUGUCAAGUAGUGACGGGGCGGACCGGUUCCACGAAGCGAAGGGAUGUAGAGGCAGUGUUUGGACCAACCAAACCACCCAGGAGACGCAGGAGUCAUCCUCCUCCACCAAGACCACCCAAAAGUGCGACCCUCCUCGGUGGUGCCCGGUCGUCCUUGAAGAUAGCAAGGUCAGCAAGACCUCCUUCCACCACCUCUUCGUUCAGCACCACGUCAGGAGGCACCAGUUCCUCCCUGGCCACGACGACGCUAAAACCAGCAGAAACUAAACCUAAGAAAAUUCUGAAGGUGCGACGCUCCUGGCCGUUACUCUUCUGUGAUUGUCUCUACGCCAAUUGUCGCGCCUAUGACGACACAAAUAAUAAAUAGGGUAUAAAUAUAUGACUUGAAUUUUGUGAUGGACAAAAGUUGGUGUUGGCUCUCAUAUUUUGAGCCAGGAAUACUUCUCAAGUGACUCCGCAGUAAUUUGUGUUAUACAGUUUCCUGUCUAAUAACAGGAUUUUCCUGUAACGGAUAUACUUGAUUUAAGAUUAAGUUCUUGUAUGAAUUGUUACAAUCCAAGAAUAUUUGUAUUUGUUUGGCUAUUAUGUACAUUCAAACCACCUCAUUUUUAUUUCGUAUGUCAUUAUAUCAUAUCGUGAUAUUAAAAGUAUUCAUUUAUAUGACUUCCUUAUAUGUAUCUCUAAGACAGUUGACGCUGAAGAGAUGAGUGUAAUAGAUCAAAUUAAUUUUUAUCUUUUCAAUAUUUGAGCAACUAUGUUUCUUACCCAGACACCCAAAGGAAGUACAUUUCCAGUAUUUUAUAAAAAAAAUAUUUUUAAUGUAAAGUAUAUUUCAAUUAGUUUAUCCAUCGUAUCAUUACACGUUUUCGGCACCUAUGUAAAGCUUCCAUGUGUUCUCAGUUGCCCCUAGUGAACGCUCUUAUUUUGCUAUAUUGUUGCUAUAGUGUCAGUGUUAAAUCUGUGAUUUCUAAGUGAUAAUCCUCACCCAUGUAGGUAUGAAUAGGUCAGUAUGACAUCAGUGUUCGAAAAAGAAACAGCGAGCGUUACACGCUUACAAAUCGAUUUGCUAAAAUGUUCGAAAGAUUUUUACUCAGUGACUCCUAGCCAGGCUAGGUUGUCAUGUGACUAUAAGGACUAAUCUGUCAUUAAAUAUUAAAGACUGUCACUGUUGUCAUCACCUCACUGUGCAAACCUCUUUGACUGGGUGAGAUAUGUGGCAGACGUCUUGGUAAUGGCCUUGCUUACAACGUACAUGUGUAAAAACCUGUAUUUAUGAGGCACCAUGUGAUAUUGAAUCCAUGUCGAAUAAACCCCUCCAAUCCUGAAAA